GGUUGUUCACGAUGCUACGCCUUGUUCGUGGCGUGGCGCCGCUGCGGCCGCCGCCCCCUUUGAUUCUCUCACGGAGGCUUCUGUUCGAUGAUCUUCCGGAGCGCGACAAGAACGAGUACGAGCUGCGGAGCCUUGCAUUUGUGCGGCAGGAGCGGCAAAUAUUCCGGGAGGAGAUGUUUGAGAGGGCGUGUCAGCGAUUCGAGAUGAACCGGUUCCGCCUCGCGGAUUCGACGCUGAGAUCUGUGAACUGGGGGAACGAUAACGCAAUGAGAAUAGCUUUCUCGCAGAUCGACAGCAAUAACGAUGGCUAUAUCACUCCAUCGGAGCUUGCGAGAUAUCUAUCAAAAUGGGGAGCCAAUCUUGACAAACAAGACAUGGAGAAGAUGGUCAAAUUCGCGGACAGAGACAAAGACGGCAAAGUUUCGUUCCGAGAGUUCUCCAAGAUGAUCCGCGGAGAAUUUGAUUCACCCCUCGGAAGAAUUCCUCGCGCGAGAAGCAAAAGCAAAGAUGGAAGCUGAGAAACAACAUAAUCCAAAGCUCUAGAAAGCGAUUAGAUUAUAUCGGUGAUUAUUAUAAGACAUAAGCCUAACGAAUUUACCCGGAA